CAGUGCCGCGCGCCUGGGUACACCUGGACUUCAAAUACCUCCUCCACCAGCUCCACCCCCGUGGCGUCUAGCUGUUCGUUGAGGUUUCUCGCACAGUCGCAGGGAAGCUCAGGUGAGUCGAUAAACGCCUCUCGUUUUUUUCGCCCGAGCUGCCUCAUACUCCUCCUGGGACUCUCCUGGGAAUCUCCUGCGACACCCCCCCCCGUGUUUGACAUCUCGAAAGCCCUGCUGUGGCCCGCACUCAAACGGAGGUCAUCAUCGGUGCCUGCCAUCACCGUCAAUCAUCAUGCGGCUGCUGCUGCUGUGUCUUUCGUGCGCCGUCUCCACGUCUCUCUUCGUCGGAUGCAGUGGCCAAGCAGUCAACGGCAGCAUCACGCUGUCCGCUCCCAGUCUGGUGAAACUGGGCCUGUUCCAGACCGGCCAGAACAACUUGACGUUCGGCGAGGCGAACGAAUGGUGUCAGCGUUACGGGGAACAGAAGAACGUCAGCGUGAACCUGGCCACUAUGGAGCAGCUCAACGCCUCCAUCCGCGCCGGCUUCCAGACCUGCCAGUACGGCUGGGUCGCCAGCACGCAGUUGGCUAUGCCGCGGAAUACGUCCAGCGACAAGUGUGGCAAUGGGGGCGUGGGAGCCAUCACCAAGGGCCCCUGCUUCUCCAACAGCGUAUUCUGCAAACCCAACUUUGUCGUGCAAAAGGGCGUUUUCCUGCACAUCACCAAAAAAGCCAUCUUUUACAAGAACGUGAGUCAAGUGUGCCUUUCUGUGUUGGCGGGCAGCGUGCCAGCAACGUUUGCUCAGGUUCAGGACGCCCUCCUCGUCGAACAUCAUUGCUGGGAAGGCUGGAUCGAUGAAGGAAAAAGGAAUGGAUUUAGGUGGAAUGCGUCACACGCGUACUGCUACCCGCAAAUUAUCGCACCAAUCUCAAAUUAUCUUCCCAACGUCAUUUGCUACAACGAAGGACUGAAGUACGGCAUUUACCAGGAGCUGCUGGAUUCGUCGGUGCCCAACAACGAGGCGCAAAAUAGUUGCGCCAAGUGGGGCGCCAGCCUUGCCAACGAGGGCCACGUGGAGGGAGCUCGGGAGCUUGGGUUCACGACCACCAUAGACGGAUGGAUUGCCGGGGCGAAAGUGGUCACAGUGGAUUUUGUGAACGGAACCAACGUGACCGCGAUCGUCCAGGCGCCGUGCAUCAACAACGCCAGCCUCGAGGCCACGGCCUUCUGCCAUAGUUGGAACAUUUCCAACACGGAGGGACCUCCAGACAAAACGUGGGUAAAGAUCGUUAUGGGGAGCAUUCUGGCGACCAUCUUCGUAAUCAUGCUGGCAAGCACGUUCUGCAACAAGGGAUUCUGCAAAAAGCCCGAGCCCACCACCGUGUACGACCCCGACAAUUCGUACCCGCAGCUGCGCGAUACCAAGCUGCCCGUCGACAACAAGGUGAAGCUGCUUCACCACGACCUGCGCCCGUACUGCAUCGGCGACCUGCCGCCCCCUCCCGCCGGCCAUUCCUCGGUCAUCCGGUCCCAACUCAACAGUCAGCGGCAGCGGCCGCAGCCGCCGGCCGGCAUGUACGACAACAUCGCCUACGAGGACUGAAGCUGCAACGGCACCCCCCAGACUAACGCUCGCGUGCACACCGUUGCUGCACAGGGACGGCUGCCAAUUCGGGGGGGGGGGGUCAUCCUUGGCCUGGUGGUAGCAGGACGUUGGAAUAGUUGAGAUUUCACGUAAAGCAAGUUCCCUAUAAAUGGUAAAUGCGUACCAUUAUCCUUGCACCUAAACUAUUUUUUUUUUAUUUUACCAGGUAAGGCCCACUGAGCUAUGUAGCGCUUUUCCAGAAGCGACCUUGGCCACAAAUGAUAGCUCAACGAAGUGGUUUGUCACGUGGACAUUUAUAGC